AUGUUCGUGUUGCCACCUCCCCCCACCUCGACCAAGCAGGCGCUGCCUGCACUUCGCAGCAAGCGCAAGGGAGCGGAGCUUGCGCCCGUGCCCGAGGACUCGGAAGCCAAAGAGUUUGUUAACGCACCACCCGAGUUCGCGAGCCGCGCGCGCGACGAGAUUCGCAAGAGGCUGCUCAACCGCAGGCCCUUGCAGUCAGACUCUCACAGCGACACAGUAUCGCUCGCUCCGUCCGAGACUGCAUCGACUAUCGUCUCUGCGACGUCAGACACAUCGUCAGCGCCGUCCUUGCGCUCCAGCAUCUUUUCUGCGCAUGUAUCGCUCGCAAGCUCGGCAACGAGUGCUGCGGCAUCCUACAUCGAGCAGGAGAAACCCAAGCUUAUAUCGCUACAGGAAGCGCUUCCCAAGGUCUUUUACGACAUGUAUGCCUCGGAUCUGCUCAUGGAUCCCCAGAACCUGCUAUGCAACGGCAGGCCCAAGUUCACAAAGCGCGAACUUCUCGACUGGGAGCUCAACGACAUACGGUCACUCUUAAUCGUCGAGGCCCUCCGCCCUGAAUGGGGCUUUCAGUUGCCAAUAGUGCACUUCGAACCCCCCGACAGCAGCGCCUCUGCUAUCGGGCUCCCGCAGUUCCGCGUUCAGUUACUGCCACUCGACUCCCCAGACGACUUUAUUAUACGCACGCUGGUGGAGUCCGAUCUAUACAUGGAAGCCAAUUUGGACUACGAGUUCAAAAUUACUAGCGCAAAAUACACCGUUGCCGCCGCACGCAAACGUCACGAGCAGUUUACUGGCUAUCACGAGCCUGUCAUGCACCUCUCCAAGCCCGAGUGGAGAAAUAUUAUCGAGAAUUACCUCCUCAACAUUGCUGUCGAAGCUCAAUGUCGCUUCGACUUCAAGAAGCAAUGUUCAGACUACAAGAAAUGGAAGCAGCAACAAAUGCUUGUCAAAAAGCCAGACAUGCCUCCACCCUCCACAAUUCCUCCGCGGAAACGUGAGUCUUCUCUGCUGAAGAGAACUCUUUUAAAAAACACAGCUCUCAAGCUAUCUGAAGACAAACCGCCCCUACCCACGUCCAAAGUUUCUCUUUCCAAAGAAGAGAAAGCCAUGCUUUGGUCACAGUGCCAGUCUCGCGUUUAUCAAAGGCUGGGACUCGACUGGACUCCUGACGGUGUAUGA